CGGGGCGGGGCUCCGCAGAAACCGGAAGUGUCUGGUGACGGGCCCUGGGAGCAGUUCCGAUGACUGUUCACAACCUGUACCUGUUUGACCGGAAUGGAGUGUGUCUGCACUACAGCGAGUGGCACCGCAAGAAGCAAGCGGGGAUCCCCAAAGAGGAGGAGUACAAGCUGAUGUAUGGCAUGCUCUUCUCUAUCCGCUCCUUUGUCAGCAAGAUGUCCCCGCUAGACAUGAAGGAUGGCUUCCUGGCCUUCCAAACUAGCCGUUACAAACUCCAUUAUUACGAGACGCCCACUGGGAUCAAGGUUGUCAUGAAUACAGACCUGGGCGUCGGACCCAUCCGAGAUGUGCUGCAUCACAUCUACAGUGCGCUGUAUGUGGAGCUGGUGGUGAAAAAUCCUCUGUGCCCACUGGGCCAGACGGUGCAAAGUGAGCUCUUCCGCUCCCGACUGGACUCCUACGUGCGCUCUCUGCCUUUCUUCUCUGCCCGGGCUGGCUGAAGAAAGCACCCUACCUCACCCCCCAGGAGAAUCCCUGUCUGCCUGGGGCCCCUCCUAACCUGUGUCACGUGAGGGCUCCUACUGCAUGCCUCUCUACGCCCUCAAGUUCCCCAGCAGCCUUCCCAGGGCAACGGCCUAGAGCCGUCAUGGGAAGGAAGCCCAGAGGCUUCCUCCAAACCAGGCGCUCUCCACUUUUAUCUCCUACCUGAUGCUGCAAAAGCACAGAAUAAACUUUUGGUAACACUUGGCA